AUGGCCGCUGCAACGUGGAUUACGAGAGUAGCAAAACGAACAACGUUUUUCCGCCCAAAGGAAACUAAAAAAUUACUCCACCUAGGGGCACUGCCUGAUGCACUAAGAGAGUUCAGAGUAAGUUCAAUUGAAUUAUUGUUGCUGUUGUUGUGUGUCUCAGUUUUUGGAUGCUGAUUACUCGUUAACUGUCGUCGCAGUUGUAUUCAACAGUUUCUGAACAAGCACCUAAACAUGAAUUUCAAGAAAAGCCGAGAUUUCCCGGCGCUGUGAAUGCGCAUUAUACCGAGAAAAUGGAUUUUGUUGUUCCUGAUGAUGGUCAAAUUAUCCCAGUGUAUCGAGUCAUGGAUCUUAAUGGAAACGUCUUGAAUGAAUCACACGAUCCUAAGGUACCAUGAUCAAAUAAUUAUAAGAUUAAGUGAACUUUGAACUGUAACUGUUAUUUACUAGUGAAAAUGUAAUGUAAGAAUUCAAAAACUUUUGACCCCUGUAUCUGGAGACAAAAAGUCGGCUUUGAGGAAACUUACCCGAUACGCAAGUACGUACCAGAAAAAUGUGCGACUUUAAAAAGAAGUGCCACAAUCUAUAAGGCACGGUCAUAAUUUGUUGAAACACUUUUGAAAAACACAAAAUGCACCAUUAGAAGUCUUUGUGGGGUACACGUAUUGCCGGCUUUCCUCAUCUCCCUAAUGUUUGUUUGAAGGGUUUUCUUGGGCAUAAAUGCUUUAGAAAUCAACAUUGUAGGCCAGAAAAGGCAGGGAGGGGAACAAAAUGCGUUAGAUUCAACGAUUAAGACCAGGAACGAAGCCGCUUUCAGAGCCAGUUUAACUCGUAAAAUGAAGGCACCAUUUAUUCAUCCAUUCUUGGAUCACUGUUUCUCUGCAUGAUUGGUUUUGUUGCGCACGAAAAGAGAACGUUCUCAUAGAAUAAAACCUGAUAGACUAGAGAAAGUUCAUUAUCAGUGUUUCUUAAGGCGAUAUGUUUGAGAGGCACAAUUAAUCGUGUUCUAAUCGUGCUCGAGUCCCGCUUUACCUAAGUAAAUGUCGAACAACGUUGUGAAGAUCGUGGUCACGCGAUAGUAGUAUGCAGUUGGCAUGGGUUUCCCUAUUACCACGAAUCCAUCAACUUUAUCUCGUUAUGGAUUAUUAUUGAUUGGUAUUAUUCUUGUCUGUGUUUUUCCCUAGCUGAAGAAAGAAACCGUACAAGAUAUGUACAAAAAGAUGAUCCUUUUUAAUACAAUGGAGCGUAUCCUAUAUGAGGCACAACGACAAGUAUGUUUAAUCCGAAUCCAUAUUACAUGGCCGCGCGAAGAUAUGAAAUUUCUCUUCGAGUGCGAACGAGUGAAAUAUUAUUUAAAACCCUAGAAGAGAAAUUUCGUAUCUCCAAGCGGCCAUGUAAUGUUUUAUUUAUUAUAUAAACACCAAUUAAUGCCAAACCAUGUGAAAGGAGCGAUUUAUUAUGUAGCCAUAGCAACGGCGAUCUUGUCAGGCGUGAAGAAAUCGUCUUUUUUUGGGAAAGCUUGCCUGGUAUUUCAUGGGUGUUUAUAUAAUUUAUACUACUACAUGAGAAAUUUCUGCAAUUUGAUUGGCUUAGAGCAGUGGUAUUUCAGCUUAAUUUGAAAUACCUACAUGUGAAAAUUACAAACCUUUUGCGGGUAGUAGUAUAAACAAAUAAUAGCAUGAUUUGUACGUGAUAUUUUGCAUAAAUACCAUUCGUGAUAUUUCAAAAUUGUCUCAAAUUUCACUCGCCCAACGGCUCGUGAAAUUACGUAUAACAAUUUUGAAAUAUCACUCGUGGUAUUUAUGCCAAAUAUCACUACAAAUCAUGCUAUUACCUAUACAAAUAUAUAUAUUGUAGGCGAUUGGCUUCCUUUCAAAAUAUCAGAAACUAAAACAUAUAAUUAUUACAAUUUUACCGACGCCCGGUUUGCUCGUUGGUAGAGUGCCGGUCUGCUAAAUAUGAGGCCGUGAGCUCGAACCCCAGCAGGAGCACCAAAAGGUCUUUAAAAAAAUUAGUAAUAACCAAUGGUUAGAGAGUGCGGGCGACAACGAUCGGAGGUCCAAAACGCUCUUGCUCGAGCGCUGUGCUUUGCGUAAGUUUGCAGGUGACAGAUGAUAAAACACGUGUGAUCAGAUUACGGUUGACAGAAGGUCCAAACGCGCCUGAUCAAAGUGCGUUCUGUGUGUAUUCCAUUCAUUCUUAGUUGGAGUCCAAACGAAUAGAUGGGACGCAUGCGUAAUAGCAACCUGGAGAUUAGGAUUGCGGGCUCCUCCUUUCUCCCGCAAAAACUGGUAAGACUAUGCUAGCCGCCAUUAAAACGCUUUUUUGAGGUCAGAUGAUAGUGUCAUUGCCCGGUGGCGUGAAACCAUUGGCCUUGUCUCCUUUAAAUAACCAUGCACAUCAGCUUGACACUGUUCGGAAAGUGUAGGGGACCUAGGCCCCGAUGUUAUGGUCUAUCCGACUUGUCCCUUCAUCAUCACUUGUCUGUGUGGGCGAGGUGCGGGCCCUGAGGGGAUCAAACAGGAACCGGCUUAAGCGGAUGCAGAAUGCGUCUUUAAACACGCUGUCGUCCAAUCUCACCUCUCCAGUUCCUAUGCUAUUCAGCCACUGGCUGGAAAGAGAGGACCACCGGCACCAUUUGCGUUUCCAUUUCAUAGGGACGGAUAUCAUUUUACAUGACAAACUAUGGUGAAGAAGGCACUCAUUUUGGUAGCGCGGCUGCUCUGUUGCCUGAAGAUGUAAUAUUCGCCCAGUACCGUGAGGCUGGUGUGCUGAUGUCAAGAGGCUUCACAAUAGACGAAUACAUGAGCCAGUGCUUUUCUAAUCGGAAUGAUAAUAGAAAAGGACGACAAAUGCCUGUUCAUUAUGGUUCGAAAGAUCUUAAUUUUGUUACUAUUUCAUCCCCCCUUGCUACUCAGAUGCCACAAGGUUAGUAAGUGUUAACUGUGUUAUGUUAAGGUUACCUUUGAAUUUCAAACAUCAGAUUGUAGAUUACUAGUAACAACAGUAUGAUGCAAGUUAAGGUUAAGAGAUACCUGAAAUUAAAUGAGAUUAGUCUGUGUACAGCUGCCCCUUAAAUGAGG